UUUGUAACAAUUCGUUGUGAACGGACGUGCUUUUGAGUUCUCAUUUCUUGUCUCUCUUUUUACCUGGCGUUUUUUCGUCAAUUCGUGAUAAGCAUUUCAUUUAGCAUUUUUUGUUGAGUGUGUGUGGUGGACAGUGCAACGAGCCAAGAGACCGACCAACCUACAUAAUUUUUUGUUAACAAAAAAAAAAAAAAGUUCCCUGCAAACCAGUUUACCUGUAGCCCAAAAGCAACAACAACAAAAACAACAUUAUGUCGUCCAAUCGUGCACCAAAGUCUGGUUUUGCCGCUGAGGCCCAGCGUAAAAUUAACUCAAAAUACAGCGAAGAGCUGGCCCAGGAAUCUCUGGAAUGGAUCAAGGCUGUUACCGCUGAGCCCAUCAACACAUCCGGUGAUACGGACAACUUCUUUGAAGUACUGAAGGAUGGUGUGAUUCUUUGCAAAUUGGCCAAUGCCUUGCAGCCGGGCGUUAUCAAGAAGAUCAAUGAAAGCAAAAUGGCCUUCAAGUGUAUGGAGAACAUUUCGGCCUUUUUGGAGUGUGCCAAGAACUUUGGUGUCCCCACACAGGAGACCUUCCAGAGUGUCGAUCUCUGGGAACGUCAGAAUCUGAACUCUGUGGUCAUUUGCUUGCAAUCGCUGGGUCGCAAGGCCUCCAACUUUAACAAGCCAUCGAUUGGACCCAAGGAGGCUGAUAAGAAUGUGCGCAACUUCAGUGAGGAGCAGCUGCGUGCCGGUCAGAAUGUCAUCUCUCUGCAGUAUGGCUCCAACAAGGGUGCCACCCAAUCUGGCAUUAACUUUGGCAACACCAGACACAUGUAAAAGGAAGCAACAAUUGUUCAGUCUUCCAUUCAUUUUCUCUCACCAAACACAAACACAAACACACUCUACACACACACACACACACACACACACACACACACACACACACAUUCCGCAAUUGAACCAAAAGCCAAGUCUUUUACCAAGCUUUUAUUUUUGAUCUAUUAUUAUAUUUUUUUUUUUAUGACAUUCCACACUCCGUUGAAACAAAACAAAACAAAACAAAAUAUCAAAAGCAACAAAAUCACCGUUGACAAAAGACAAUUGAAAUUAUGUAUUUAUGAUACCAAUUCGUAUUUGUAUUCAAAUUUGUAAUGUAAUAACAUAUACUACAUUUAAUUUAAUAUUAUUAAGUACUCGUACAUACGGAUUUCUUAGAAUGAUUUUAUUCUAUUUUCAACACCAUUCAACACAACACACAUUCAACAAUAAUAAUGCACGAUAUUUUUGGUGCCAUUGCAAAAUGAGAUAAUAAUUAAUGUUGAUUAUAACAAUUAACGUCUUCUGCCUUCAAAAACUGUUGGAAAUUCAAAAUGAUAAAUUAAAACAAAAGUGUCUUCUAUCUCAUAGAGUAAAUGUUAAUUGUUUGAAAACUACUAAACCACCUGAAAUUUCAAGUUAAAUAUCUAAAGCAUUUAAAUGUAUUUACAGGACAGAGGAAGUAUACAUACAUAUAUAUCUAUUACACUUUUAAAUGAAAUAUUUUAAAUGUUAUUCCCCCCCGCCUGUUGAAAAUAAAUAAUUAUUCUUAUAAAUAAACGUUUUGCAUUUUGA